AUGAAGCCAAGCAAGAAUCAGCUCCGACGAGCCAAGAAAAAGGCCCAGAAGGUCGAGGUGAGUUUACGCGCUCGUUGUUCUCACAACCUAGGAGCUAACGCCUUUCCCUCUCAGGCUGCCAAUGGAAUCGAGGAUGAGCCCUCUAAAACCCAAACUAGACCACCCACGCCGCCAGCAAUUUCACAGGAUGUGAUCAGUGUCCCCUCUACCGAGGACUACAUGGAGGAAGACGAUCCUUUAUGGGAGAUGUACCAGGGCAUUGUAAACAGAUUUGACGAGACCGCCAACAAUGAGAACGCCACCACCAAGGGUGCUGAGAAGCCUGAGGUGUUUUUCGACGACGCGGACGAUAUUCCCGACGAGGAGCAAGAAAGUGAGCCAAAGAUAUCCAAGAAGAAGCGAAAAGAGCUCAACAAGCUCUCCGUGGCCGAACUGAAGUCCAUGGUGCGCAAGCCUGAGAUCGUGGAAUGGACAGACACAUCAGCGAACGACCCUCGACUACUUAUUCACAUCAAGGCCCACCGUAAUGUGGUACCAGUUCCUGCUCACUGGUCACUCAAGAGAGAAUAUCUCUCCUCAAAGCGAGGAGUGGAGAAAGCUUCAUUUGCCCUUCCGAAAUUCAUCCAAGAAACAGGCAUUGCGGAAAUGCGUGAUGCUGCGUUAGACAAGCAAGAUCAGUCAAGUUUGAAGGCAAAGCAGCGAGAAAGAGUUCAGCCAAAGAUGGGACGUUUAGAUAUCGACUACCAGAAGCUCUACGAGGCAUUCUUCCGUUUCCAAACCAAGCCGGAAUUGACUCGCUACGGAGAGAUUUAUUACGAAGGGAAGGAGUAUGAGACCAAUCUCAAGCAUCUUCGCCCAGGUGACCUCAGUGAAGAAUUAAAGGAAGCGCUCAACAUGCCGCCGGGAGCCCCUCCUCCUUGGCUUAUCAAUCAGCAACGUUACGGACCACCACCCUCAUAUCCUGCCUUGAAGAUUCCGGGUCUUAAUGCACCACCUCCCCCAGGCGCGAUGUGGGGAUACCAUCCCGGUGGAUACGGAAAGCCCCCUGUGGAUGAGCAUAACAGGCCGUUAUAUGGAGGUGAUAUUUUUGGUGUUUUGCAACCUCAGCAAAAUGCUCAGCAAGGAGAACCAGUGGAGAAAGAUCUCUGGGGUGAAUUGCAGGCAGAUGAAGAGUCAGAGGAGGAGAGCGAGGAAGAAGAAGAGGAGGAUGAAGAUGCUGAGGAUGACGAGAACGAAACUGGAACUCAGUCUCCUGGUGGCCUAGAAACUCCCGGCGGUAUGGCCUCAGCCGUUCCUACUGAGACUGGAGGAGUGGAAAGUGUCGCGGGAGAAUUCGAUGUCCGAAAGCAUCAUCGCGGAACCGAAACCGAGGAGUCGGUCCAUCCCCGAAGUGCUUACCAGGUCAUUCCGGAGAGACAGACAAACGUGCAGGGAUUCUUCGGUGGCGAUAGGGCAUAUGAUCUCAGCAUACCAGCUGUUAGUCACCCGGUCCUUGGAGUUGAUGACCAAACACGGAAACGCAAGAAGCCUGGUGAUGUUGAUGUCUCCGUGGAUUUGGACGCGAUACAAGCUGGAGAUGGUCUUAGCAAGGAGAGCCUCCAGAAUAUAUACGAGGCUCAACGACAGCAACAAAAUCAACCUCAAUGGGGGUUCGAGGAGGAUCUCAGUGAUAUGAUUGCGCAGGAAAGCCGUAAGCGGUUACGCAAAGAAGAUGAACGGCGUGGCAAGCGCUGA